GUAUUUAUAUUGCAUAUUUUGAUUUUAUUUUCUUUAUCGAUACAAAUUUGUUAUCUUUGAAUACCCAUUUAUUCAAUUCUAUACUAUAUAUAUAUUUUUAAAUCAUCCCAUUAAACAUAUUCCAUUAAUUUCUUCAAUUUUUCUACAUAUUGAUCGUUAACUUAUUUACCAACGCGACUGUAUAUACAUAUAUAUCGUUAUUCUCGUGCUUUCGAAUGCCUCCGCUUUUACAAUUAUAGUCAAAGAUCACAUUGAUUCGUUAAUUGCGCUCUAUAUUUUAAGUGCGAUCACUUGAUAUACGACGACGAUUCUUUGAAUAUACAUGGAGACAUGUCAUUCGUAGAGAGAUAUACAUGUCUCCUUACAUACGAUACAUAUAUAACAUAAUACGUUUCCGUUAAAUUCUAUUUUAUUGAAUAUGAAGAAAUUAAAUAUGAUAAAAGUGCAUCGUAAUCUGCAAACCAAAAAUAACCAAAACAUACGAAAGAAAAAAUAAGAAUGGAACGUAUCCCUUGAUAUAAACAUACGUUCAAUCGACGAGAAUUUCGAAGGAAGUCGCACGCGACACUAAAAUUGCUCGAAAUGCAGGAAGAUAGACGAGAAGAGGAAACAAGCUAGUGUAUACGUCACUCUAAACAAAAUAUAAACUAGGAUUCUACGUGGAGAAACUCUUAUUUCAGGAUGACCAAUAACAACGAUCCUUUAUACAUCCAACCACGUGUAACGAUGACGGUGGGUAAUGAGCCAUUCUACAUAGCAUCUACUCAGAAUGGAGCACAGAAUAUCAGUGAUGAUAAUACAGUAGAACUUCCUAAUGCAUCGUCAAGUAAUAUUGCAGCUCAAUCCGAAAGGUGUAACUCACUCAACUCACUCGGUCCAUCUUUUCUCACAGUGAAAUUGGGAGAUGACUACUUUCGCAUUCCAAAAUCUUUAAGCGUUUUUAUGAUGAAGGAACCAAACCCAAACGAAAAUGAUUCUAUAAAGAAAAGUGUAGUGAAAGAAAAGAACAGUGAUAGUUCUAUACAAACGAGAAGUAAACAAAAACGUAUUAAAGAAAAUAUUGAUAUUACGGAUGAUUUGGACGAUACUCCUCUUGAUUUUAGAAAAAUGUGCGAAGAAAAGAAUUUGAAAACAAAGUCUGAUAGAUUGGUUAGAUUAAAAAAAAAGCCAUACUCCUGUGAGAUUUGUCACUUUACUUUCGAUCGCAAGAGCAAACUCACCAGUCAUAUGUUCAAACACAGCAAUUCGAGGCCUCAUAAGUGCCGAAUUUGUUCGAAAGGAUUUAAAACUGGUGCUUAUUUAUCAAGACACAUGGAAAUACACGACGAACCGGCACAAUUACAUGCAUGCACAUUGUGUGAUUUCAAAGCGAGAACAAAGCCAUAUCUUAAAAUUCAUUAUAUUCGUAAACACACGGAGGAUUACAAUUACAGUUGCGAACAGUGUGGAAAAAUGUUUAAAGUUCAAUCAGACUAUACUACGCAUAUGAAGGAUCAUGAUACUGAAUCUUGCGUUUGUGAUAUCUGUGGAUCUUCAUAUCCAAGCAAAAGCUCUCUCUACUUUCAUAAACAUUACAAACAUAAGACCAAAAUCAAGGAAUUCGAGUGUUCUACUUGUAGAAAGAAAUUUAAAAGUCAAAAGAAUCUUGAUAAUCAUGCAGAGUUACAUAAGAUGAAAUAUGUUUGUGAACAAUGCGGAAUGGAAUUUAAAUUUAAAUAUGGCCUAACAAAACACUUGAGAACACAUUCUGGUGAAAAAUCUUAUCUCUGCGCGAUUUGUGGGAAAACAUUUGGUUGUUUGAGUUCCCAAAAAAUUCAUCUGCUCAAACACGUUGGUGAACGUCCCUACGUUUGUGAUAUUUGUGGUCAAAGUUUCACACAGAGAUCUCCAAUGAUGUUGCAUAGAAGAAAACAUCCUGGUGUGCAUCCACCACCACCUCCAAUCAAAAUCACUAAUCUAUUGCACGGUGUACAAGACAAGAUCAUCAUAAACACGAAUGUAAAAUAAGAUUUGUAAUAUCUUUUUCUCAACGAGAUAAACGCACAAAGAAAGUUCAUUAUGUAUGUAAAUUAAGCUUAAUGUCUUUAAAAAUUAUUAUGAUCUAUUUAUUAGCAUCGUUUAUUAACUGAAAAUUACACAAAAAGAAAAAACUUGCUUAGAAAAAAAACUAAGAUGCAGAUAAGUAAUUCGUAAUUUCAAAGUUUAAGAUUUUUUUUACUUAAUUCUUUUUUUCAUUAAAUCGUCACAAAUUUAUUUAAACCUACGCUCUAAAACUAUAAUAUUUUCUAAUGACUUGUGAAUUUUUAAUUCAUGACUUUUUAUAUUUUGCUACAUAUACAUAAAAUGUAAAUUUAUUUUCUCUAGCGUAUAAAGAAAAAAAGGAUCAGUAAAAUAUGUUUUAAAAAAAUAUAUUUCUCUGGGAUGAUGCAAUGUACAGCAUAGAAUUUAUGUGAUAUGUAUUUGAAUUAAAUGUAUGUGUUUUUGAUAAAUGAAAAUAAUAUUUACUGUUAUCGCAAAAAUAAUUGUAUUGUCGAAUAUCUUUACGAUUUUUUAUGUUUGUAUUUAUUAUUUUUUAUUAUAUACAAACAGUGGAAUAUUAUAUCUUCUUACGUGAAUAAGUCGAUAAAAAAAUAAGAUUUUUAAAAAAGAUAUCAUUUGCGAUAUUUGCUCGUACCCUGCCAUCGAUGAUCAUUUUAUUGUAAAUACAUUGGUCUAUAUAUAAAAUAUAAUUUUGUAAAUACU